ACCGCCGCUGGUCUGCGUAGAGACCCGGCGCUGGCGAAACCUACCAAACCGGAGUUACCGACCCGACUGUCCCGCGAGCGGUUGUACUUUGCAUUUUGAAGAGUCUAAGAAUACAUUCCAUAUCUUCAAAUAUUUUAUUGUGGGCAAUUUACAAUAACAUAGCCUGGGUAAUACCAAUGUAAAGCUGGAAAUAAUACCUAAGCCUACUUCUUGACAUGGUAUCAAAACAGAGCUUUUGCUGAGAGUUUGAUUUAUAAAGAAAUUAUGGUUCGACUGACCUUGGAUCUAAUUGCCAGAAACAGCAAUCUUAAACCCCGAAAAGAAGAAACCAUUUCACAGUGCCUGAAGAAAAUAACUCAUAUAAAUUUUUCAGACAAAAAUAUAGAUGCAAUUGAAGACCUCUCUCUUUGCAAAAAUCUUAGUGUUUUAUAUUUAUAUGAUAAUUGUAUUAGUCAAAUCACUAACCUGAAUUAUGCCACAAAUCUGACCCACUUGUACCUACAAAACAAUUGUAUUUCAUGUAUAGAGAACCUCAGGUCAUUAAAGAAACUGGAAAAACUGUAUCUGGGAGGCAAUUACAUUGCUGUCAUAGAAGGUUUAGAAGGAUUAGGAGAACUAAGAGAGCUUCAUGUUGAGAAUCAGAGGCUUCCCCUUGGGGAAAAGCUUCUGUUUGAUCCAAGAACUCUUCAUUCUCUGGCAAAAUCCCUCUCUAUAUUGAAUAUCAGCAAUAAUAAUAUUGAUGACAUUAGAGACUUAGAAAUACUGGAGAAUCUUAAUCAGCUCAUAGCCGUUGACAACCAACUUCUGCAUGUGAAGGAUUUGGAGUUUUUACUGAACAAGUUGAUGAAGCUGUGGAAAAUUGACCUAAAUGGAAAUCCUGUUUGUCUCAAACCAAAAUACAGGGACAGACUGAUACUGGUGUCCAAAUCACUGGAAUUUCUUGAUGGAAAAGAAAUUAAAAAUAUAGAAAGACAAUUUCUAAUGAAUUGGAAAGCAUCCAAAGACGCCAAGAAAAUCAGCAAAAAAAGGAGCAGUAAAAAUGAGGAUGCAAGCAAUUCACUCAUAAGUAACUUUGAAACAAUGCAUCACAUCGUUCCUGUUUAUUACCCACAGGUGGGUAAGCCAAAAUUAGUCUUUUUCUCUGAAAUACAGAGAUACCCUGUAAAUGGAAAUGCAUCUCCAGAAAGUUCCCGAGAAGAUUACACUAAAAUUAUUGAAGAGAUGGGCAAUAGAAGUCCCUUCAAUGGCGCGAUCACAGCUCACUGCAGCCUCAACCUCCUGGGCUCACGAGAUCCUCCCGUCUCAGCCUUCGGGGUAGCUGGGACUACAGACAUGAGCCACCGCACCGAGCCCCCUUUUGAAUCAAUGGAAUUUUGGUGUGCUUCUUUCUAAAGUGUAAAUCUAAUUACAGUUAUUGGGUGGGAAUUGAGAUGAAAGCCUAAGUGCCAUUCUGACUCACUAAUGUACUUAAUUUGUGGACCAGUACA